AUGAGUAUGGCCGGAACUUUCCAUUCCUACACCUUUGUUGAUAAACAAGAAGGCCGACGGAUAGAUGCGGCACAGUUUCGAUUGUAUCUCCAGAAGUUCGUUCGCACUUGUGGAAUAGGGCGAGCAGCUCGUCUCAGACAUAGACUGCGUGAGUUGAGAGCGACUCUGAUGGAAUGCGUCGGCUAUAGGUUCUUCUCGUCGUCGUUGCUGUUCGCAUUCGACGCCGAUGCAGCGGAUUCGACCACAGACGAUGCCAUUCGGUUACGGCUCAUCGACUUUGCCCAUUCAACUCUGCCCGGAUUUGCGCAGGUGAAUAAUAGAUCGUGUCUAAAAGGCGGAAAUGUCCCCAUAGAAGUCGGCUGA